AGUGAGAGAAAAAUUGACACACUUGAUCGUCGGCUCGAACAAGUCACUCUUUUACUGCAGGAAAUAAAGACCAACCUGCCGUCUACAAUAUCUGGAUCUUUACCGCCAACCCAAAGCAAGGAGGCCUCACCAGAGGGAACAACUAUAUAUCGACCAUCCGUGCCAUCAAUCCCAAUCGUCUUGAACGAUACAGUGCAAGCUACUUUACACAGCUUUAUUGUCGAGGGCGAAUCUUCACUAGCAGCCAACGCUGUAUUUGCCCACGAGUUCCUCCAAAACUUUCUUCACACAAAUAUCCUAGAGGGCGCCAGCCUAGAAAUGAACCAGAGCUUAGAGGCGCUGCAGCAUAUUGUGGAUGGUUUCAAACAGAAGACUGCGGCCACCGAAAUGCACUACUCCAAAGCUAGGCACAUUCAACGCCCUACUCUCCCCGACAUCAAACUGCCGCCCAUCGAAAAGACUGUGUCACUCAUACGUAGAUGCAAAACUGAGCUAUCAGAAAUGUCUACUUGGAUCUUCGAAAUCACUCCUCUGAAAGAUUUCCCUGAAACCUGUCUCAGGAUUUAUGUCUCGGAGGAUUGUUCCGACGCUGACAUUCUUACUGCCAACUAUGGCAUGUUUCAUUUUUAUCUGCAGCAAUCGCAAACUACAUCAUCAUCAGCCGAAAGAGAAGAGACUGCAUCAUACGCCGAAAUGUGUCGGGAAAACCUUGAGACUACUCUAAGUAACUUGUCUUUGCACUUACCAGCAACAUCGAGCAUGAUUAGUGCUCUACUUUUAGGCGCGUAUUACUCUGUCGAAAUCUCAAAACCGUGGCUCGCUUGGACCUUGACAUGCAAGGCGUCAGAGUUGUGUCAAAGACUGGGCUACAAUCGGCUUUCAUCUAUGACGAGUGACACAACUGAAGACCAAGAGUACAAGCAACUUCUUUUCUGGCGCAUAUACCACUUAGAUAAGAGUUUGUCUCUUCGCCUAGGACGGUCGUCGUCCGUCCAAGACGAGGACGUGACGGUACCUAUCCCCCCGGUGGAAGGUCUUGGUACUAGACCUCUCUCAGCGUUCGUGUCCAUGUGGAUAAGAACUGCACGGUGUCAGGGAAACAUUUACCAGAUGCUAUACAGCCCGGAUUCCAUCAAAAUGCCCAAUUGUGUACGUCGGCAUCGGGUCAGCGCUCUGGUAAAGGACCUAGAAGAGAUUAGGCUAUGGCAAGUCAGUAUACAGUGGAUCGAACAGGCCUACUCAGCAAUUGGAGAGGGCAUGGUCAAAUUCAUAUCUGCAUCUGACGACGUGCUCCGCCUGUCUCUCCUUACACUUGUGUAUCGAGCAAGCCCCCCUAGUGAAGGCUCUCAUACAAUCUUUAUUCCCGAGUGUAUUGAAGCCGCACGAGCGACGCUGAGGCGACACCGAGAUUGUAUGUCUUUUGUCGAAAGCGCGCAUUCUAGGUACUUUCCCCCGUAUCUACAUAUGACUUUAUUAUCCGUCCCCUUUGUCCCCUUUAUCAUUCUUUUCUGCCACGUUAUCGAAUCCCAUGAUAUGAGCGACGUUGCCAGCCUUCACGACUUCCUUGCCUCAAUUGAGCCAGCCCCAAAAGUAUCAGAAGCCGCGGCUGAAAUGUACCGUCUGUUACAGGUGCUAUACAGCGUGGCUCUCCGGUAUAUUGAGUUUCAUACUUCAGAUUGUGCAGUACACCGUAUGCAGAUGUAUGCCGAACUGAACCCUGACUUGACAUCUGUAGGAGUUCCGCCAGUGUUUCUAGAACACUGCCACCAACAGCAAUCCUCUAAUUCAAGGUUCUCUGAAAAUAAGUAG